AUUGCGUCCUCGUCGUCGUCACCGAGUUGCGCAAUGUUUUAUAUCACGGCUUAUUCAACCCGACCCAACCCCUUCCCUCCCAAAAAAAUUGACACCUCAAUCAUCUGAGGUCCAAACCCGGUCUCAUCCCAGAAGCAGCGAGUUGACAGCGAAGGGGCAGCUGGAGACUUCAAACUGACGAGCAGCAACGCAAAUCUCAGAAGUCUGCCCGUGGAAAGGGGGGAGGACUUGUACUUGGGAGUCUCUGGAACUACGCGAUCCCGCCAGCUGCCGGUCAUGGGGGACAUCAAGAAAGGGAAGAAGGCGUUUGUCCAGAAAUGUUCCCAGUGCCACACAGUGGAAGAGGGGGGACGCCACAAGGUGGGACCCAACCUGUGGGGUCUGUUUGGGAGGAAGACGGGGCAGGCACCCUGCUUCUCCUACACACAAGCCAACAUUGAUAAAGGUAUCAUAUGGGAUGAGGAAACUCUGAAUGUCUACCUUGAAAACCCAAAGAAGUACAUCCCUGGCACCAAGAUGAUCUUCGGCGGGAUCAGAAAGAAAAAGGAAAGACAGGAUCUUAUAGCUUAUUUAAAGGACGCCACCUCCUAAUUCACUGACAACAUAGCACACACAUACAGCUGUGGACAGAGGCAUUACGACAUUGCGUGCAGGAGACCGUCAUUCCUGUCAUUCCUGUCAUUCCUCCAGAUUAAGUAUUUUCCAGCCACUUCCCAGUCAGGGCUCAGUAAAGAGGCAGUCUUCCUCUGGGCUAGUCUAAAAACAGAGUUGCUUAGAUAAAGUUUUACCGCCACUUGCUCAGAAACUAUGGUUUCACUCACUUUGCAUUUUCGCCACUUUACGUCUAGCCAUCACUGGUUUUAAGAUUAUUUUUCUAUUAUAUUGUGUUUACUACUUGUUAAGUCUCUUUCUGUUUAUAUGUGGUUUUCUUCUGCAGUCUCAGAAUGGGUCAAUUUUGAAAAAGCCUUUGUGCUAAAUGGUGCUGAGCAGAGUAUUUUCUCAUACUUGUAUUGUUAUAAACCUGCACUUUAAAAUGAGUAUAUAUUUUGUACCAAUGUACAUUUUCUGAAUACAUUUUAGUUUUUGAUAGAAGAGCAGUAAGGUCACAUAGAUUUGUCUUUUACAGUAAAACGGCCAUCUUUAUGCCUCCUGCGGGAGGCAGUAUGUUGUCGGGGUUGUCCAUACGUACGUACGUACGUACGUUCCAUUCUGGUGAAUGCGAUACAUCAGGAACGCCUCGAGGGAAUUUCAUUACAUCUGGCACAAACAUCCUCUUUGACUCGAGGAAGAACCGAUUUAGAAUUUGUUGGUCAAAGGUCAAAGGUCAAGGUCACUGUGGCCUUACAAAACAUAUUUUUGGCCGUAACUCAAGAAUUCAUAUGAAAAUUAUGAAAAGAUGUCCCACAAAUGUCUAAUCGGAUAAUACGAUGAUGUGAUGACAUUUUAUAUCUGAGAGGUCAAAGGUCAACUUCACUGUGACAUCAUACUGCUCCAAAAAACACUUUUCUGGCCAUAAUUCAACGCCAUAACUCAGGAAGAGAUGGGGAGAUUUUGACCAUAUUUAUCAUUUGGUCGGACACUGGAUUGAUGACACUAAUCUUGGGUGCCCACCUUGAAACUGUGGUGAUCCUAUAGAUCGUCUGCACUGCCGGGUUGAAGAUGUGUGUGAAGCAUCCACGAUUUGGAAUUAGUAGCUUCUUUGUAGCAACAUCCAUAUUUUUUUAGCAUCGUCUGCUGACAUGGCUACAUGACUGUUCUUCUGUUUCUCUGAAUGAACUUACACACUGAUACAGUUGACAUGCAGCAGAACAAGAACAACAACGCUUAACAAAGUCAAGUCAAAUCAAUUUUAUUUAUAUAUCCCUAUAUCACCAAUCACAAAAUAUACUUAAUACCAUUUAUUAAAUUCCUUCAAAGUCUUCACUACAUAUAUUAUAUUAGUCUGGACAGACAAGGAUGUACCCGCAACUUGACUGGUUGGUGGAGGAAUAAAACCACAAGGCAGUAAUUGUAGUUUAGUUCAAGUAAAAAUCUUAAACUUGAUCUAAGAACAACCUGUUGAAUAAGGGACUAUGUGAAGUGUUUACCUUUUUUAUAUUAUAUUCUUUCUACUGACUUAAGUGUUUUACUCUGUAAUUACUUUCCAGAGAAUACCUUGACCCUGACUUGAAUAAACGGA